AUGGCUUCCGAAAUUGCCAUUGAUUCAAGAAUCAACAGCUGCGCACCACGCUCUUUCCAUCGUUUUCCCAGUCUUCCGCUAUCUUCCAAGGUUGAGACGGCGACGCCACAGCUUCCUCCCCCUAAACUCCACCAUGCCCGAUCCUCUUCAAUUGAAUACGGAUGUUGUUUCGUCCGCGCUUCAUUCGUCAAUGACUCCGGAUUGGGGAGAUGCGUCCCCCGACGACCCAGUAAUACUACUCGAGAGACUGUACCUUCACGGCAGCCUUCUCCGCGCCCGCCCACCCCUCUUCUACCCGCAACGAAUCUUUCGUUCCUUAGCCGUAAAUGGACCUCGUUCAAGACGAAAGCUCUCACUGUCCAACACGCAAGCCGCGAAUGCUGGGUCACUUUCUGGGCCGGCUUCAUGGGCUUUUUAACCACGGUCCACAUCCUCCUCUACGUAUUUGGUGAAACCGACAGGCAUGGCUUCGCAAUCUGGCGCGCGGGCAUCGAUUUCAAAACCCUGCAGUGGUUCAACGUCGUAGUAGUGCAGCUACCUCUCAACAUCCUAGCUCAGCUUAUAGUCUUCGGGUCCGGAUACGUGCGGCGAUGCUUGCUCGCUCCUCCGAAGGACCCUAUCUGGAACCCGGACGGAAGGCUCUAUUACCAAUCACUCACGGCUUGGCAGAAGACAACCUUGACCCGAAAACUGCUCUGGCUGGUUUUAUCGAUCACCUCGCUACCGAUUCACUUCUUCUACAAUUCUAUCCUUAUCACUUCGAUACCUGCGUAUGAUGCCUACGAGGUACUAGUUGAUGAGCGAUUCUUCCAAGGACAACCCGCAAACGUGUCUGCCCUAAACGUGACUGAGUUCCGAUUUCAGCCAGGCGCGCCCGUACCCUACAGCACCCCCUGGCCUGGUCAAUGGCCCGCCUCAUCAUAUUUGCAGCGCUCUCUAGAAAGUGUCCAGCGAAACCCAUCUUCCUGGACGAAUUUGUCGAGCUAUGAGUGUAGGUCGAAAUACGGCCUCGACAUCUACCAGGACUUUCGCACUGUUAUUCUGGUCACCAACUGGACGUCAAGCCCGCCUUCUAGUAAUUCAGCCCUAGCCAUCGGUGCACUACCAGGCUUCCCUCCAAAUGGUGUACCCAGCCGGUUCGUGGCUCUAUGUCCUCAGUCCUACCUCUCAGUGACGCCUAACAUGACACUCACGACCACGCACGAGUACCCACAGUUCAUCAACACCGACGACGUCACGCAAUGCAGAGCCAGUAUGGGGGCAACAUGUAGUGAGUGGGCAUGGAAUGGGCACUCUUCUGGCUCCCUGAGCUCGAAACAGGCUCGUGAAGCUGCUCAUGAUCUGUGUCACCUCUAUCAUAGAUACGAAGUCGACUUGGAUCCAUCUUUACGGGUUCCACUAACCUAUUGUUUAUCCGAACCUCUCAGCAACGCGACUGGGCAGCUAGUGUGGAGCAAGCUCAUUACGGUGAUAGCAGCGGGCGCGCUGACCUUGAAGUUCGUCGCCAUUACACUAACGCUGCAUUGCCUGCGCAGUGAUAAACCCCACGGCUUCCCUACUGGCUUUCCCUGGCCUCAACUUGGUAAGCACAUGCCGCUCUCCGGUUUCGUUUAUGUCAUCCUGAGCAUCGGCUUUAUUGCCUUUUUCUACACUACGGUGCUUGGUUUGAACAACCCACCGUUCAGCUUGGGUUCCGCUCCAUCUCACGAUAAAGAUUGGAGAUUUAUACUCGGUAUCCUUAGCUUCCAGAACGGGAUACACGCCGCGAUGGUCGUCCGUGAGUUCAUUGAGGCCAACUACUUCGAACAAUCCGAAGGAUUGAGCAGAGGCAAACCAAGGCAGUGGAUCCCCUUUUCAAGCGUCCUAUUUGCCUGGAAUCUUGGGUUGCACCAGAUCGUGUCCGCUUGGUUGGCGAUCGCAAUGGUCGACAGGUAUCCUCUCGGUACCCUCGAGGACAAAGAGGCACCGUCCGUACGCACGAUGAUCCUGGAUUCCGUGCUAAGUGGGCACACGGGCACAGCAAUCGAGCCCUUUAAGUUCACGGGAGGCGGUCUGAAGCUCGUUAUUGCCUUGUUUUGGCCACUGCUCCAUAUGCUCAUGUUCCUAGUGCUGCAUGCACUGUUUAGAAGAAAAGGAAUUCCCCAACCAGCAUCAGCCGAUGCCUCGCCGAGGAUCAGCUUCUCAGACUUUGAGACGUUUACGGAUAUCGAGGCCAUACCCUUACAUGAUCUGCACGCCGAUGGCGCAGCAGCAGAAACGACCGCCCCCUACACCUCAAUCCAACACUCGGCCCAACACUUUAUCCACGACUUACGCAUCGGAACACCAUCCGACAGCCUCCUCUGCGGUCUCUUCGCCUUGCAACUCAGCAUGCAAGCCCAGCACCCCGACAUCAAUGCCCCAACGAUCGCCGACCCACAAGCCCAAUUCCAACAUCCAGGCUACCUGGAGCGGAGCCGAGCAGCAGGCUACAUGAAUACAAACCAUCUGCAGUGCAGCCAGCUCGUUGCGCGUCUGUACUUCUGGGGACGCGAGCGUGGUUUAAAUUUACAGGUCGUUGCGUACAGACCUAGGAGAGGAUCGCUGCUUGAGCCGAUAGCGACCGCGCGUGGGGAUGGAGUACGCGAAGUUUGGAUCUUUAAUGAUGAUGCUGAAGAAAUGAAUGUAGGUGAAGAAGCGGUGGCGCAUUGGGAGGGGCUGGUGCAGCCUGUGUAUAUUGGGUAUUAUGAUGCUGACGAUCUAGACGUAGAGUUGGAGAAUAUAGAGAGGCUUCAGGAACCUCAAGAUGCGCGUUUAGAUGAGGUAUGA